AUGUCGUCUGCCCAUAUUCCUGAGCGACCCAGCUCGACCAGCUCAGCAGAGACAGUGUACUCUGCACCACUGGAGAAGCAGAAUAAGGCGAUGGCGGAAGCCCCAGUGCCGGCUUCCCCUUUGUCCGACGCAUCCACAUUGCACACCGACACAGACACCAUGCACUACAACUACGAGCCACCAGACGGCGGACGAGAAGCCUGGCUCGUCAUCUUCUCGGCCUUUCUCCUCAUGGUCUGCGUCUUCGGUUUCGUCACAUCCAUGGGCCAGUUGACCUCGUACUAUCUCGAACACCAGCUAGCAGCAUACACAAAGGCCCAAGUUGCAUGGAUUGCGACGGUCCAAAGUACCCUGGCAUUCUUUGCAAGCAUAUUCUUUGGACGCUUGUUCGAUGCUCAUGGCGCAACGUGGCUGGUGCGAAUCGGCACCACGCUGAGCAUCGUGGCUCUUAUUGGCCUUGCUUACUACUACCAGUUCCUUCUCGCCCACGCUCUCUUCGGAUUCGCAUGCAGUGUGGUCUGGUCACCAGCCGCAUCUAUCGCAGGACAUUGGUUCACCACGCGCCGAUCCACGGCAAUCGGUAUCGUAGGGUGUGGCUCUGGUGUAGGCGGCGUCCUCUUCCCCAUUGUCCUCGCGCAUCUUCUCCCGGUCCUCGGAUUCCGAGACGCCAUCUUUGUUGUCGCUGCGAUCAACGCCGUGCUCAUGGUUCCAUCCUGGAUCUGGCUGCGAACGAGGCUGCCCCCUCGUCAGCCCUUACCAUGGUCACGACUCGCUGCCCAGUGGAAGGAACCCCGGUACGCAUGCCUCGUCGUUGGCAGUGCCAUCGUCAUGCUCAACCUGUUUUCGCCAUAUUUCGACGCUCCAGUCCUAGCCGAGGCGAAUGGCGUACCUGCUGCCGUCAAAACAUACGCCAUUGCCAUUCUCCAGGCGGGCUCGACCCUGGGCCGUGCUGCCAGUGGAGUCAUGGCAGAUGCGUUUGGCAUCUGGCGGGUCUUCCUGGCCACGGGUUUGGCCACUGCCGUCGUCCUCUUCGCGUUCUGGACUGUGCCUGUGGGGACAGCUCCGACUGUGCUAGGCAUGCUGCUGUACGGUUUUACCUCGGGAGCGUGGAUCAUGCUGCUCUCGGCCGUCACAGUGUCCAUCUCCAAGCCAGAGGAGGUGGGUAUGCGCGUAGGCAUGUGCUGGACAGUGGUCAGCCUGCCGAUCCUUGCAGGGCCGGUGAUUUGUGGAGUUCUUAUUGCUGCCGACGACAACAAGUUUACAACAGCCGGCAUCUUUUGCGGAAUCACCUAUGUUGUAGGAUGUCUCCUCACUGUAAUGCCUCGCGGAGUGGAGAGGUGGCGGGGGCCGGGACGCAAAGCGGAUGUUGAAGCGCACGAAACAUGCGUGUGA